AUGAACGCGCUCUUCAUCGUCCAGCUUGUCGUUUAUAUCCUGCUGUGUCCGCCCAUCCUCUACGUCUGGUACCACCAUGGCUGGCCCGGUUUCCUGGGAUGGGGAUACAUGGUAGUUUUCUGCGCGUUCCGCAUCAUCGGCGGUGGCAUGGCGAUCAACGGCACCGGCACGGGGCCAGCUAUCCUCGCAGGACUGGGGAUUUCCCCGCUCUUGCUGGCUGUGAACGGAAUUCUCGAUGAAGCUCGAAUCUAUCGCAAGCCCGACCAGAACAGAUACCUGCGUCUGCUGCUCCUUGCCGUCAUGACCGCCAUCGUUGCCGCGGGCAUUGCUGAAGCUGGCACGGGCGCUGCAGCGCUGGGCGGCAGCAACCCCAGCUCCGACGACGUCACCAAUGCUUCGAUCGGGGUUGGGUUGUUCUUCACCACAUGGGUGCUUCUCGUCGCCUGGGGGUUGUUCCAGCUGAGAUCGACGCAGCAAAGACGGGAUGCCAUUGCUUUCCGGGAAGGCACAUUGCUCCUCUACGCUAUCUUCGCCUCCCUCAUCUUCGUCGGAAUCAGAGUGACAUACAUCCUCGUCGCGGUGGCCACGAAGAAGGAGUCCUUAAACCCGAUUACCGGGUCGCUGGUCGUCCGGGUCCUGCUCAGCUUCCUUCCCGAGCUCAUCAGCAGUUUGAUUUUGAUCUUUGCCGGUUUGAAGACACUGGAAGUGGGACAGAUUACGAAGGCGGGAUAUGGUGUGCCGACGGCUAUGGCAUACUCGGUAUGGAGGAAUUAA